GCAUCUGCAUGUCUAGCAGUCCAGCUGCCUGGAUUUACUUAUGUAACAACGGCUCCGUUACCAGCUGCAUCAUAUCAUCUUGCCAAUUUAGUGCCUACAUUCAUUCCAUCCAUCAACUGCUCAGGUGACAGGUGAUUGAAAGCAUCAUCAAGCAAGUAUCCUAUUACUCUUUAAAUAAUACCUGUGCAGCUUUGAUACUUCACCGCUUUCGAUAACUAUGCCUCCCGCGAAGAGAAGGAAGACGGCGUCGGCCGCCAAAGCUGCUGCCAAAGCUGCCGCCAAAGCGGAAGACGCCCCGGCGGCUGAGGUAGUUGAACAAACCCCUUCGACCAACGAGGAAAAACCUGAAGAGGAACAACAAACUAAAAAGCCGACCGAUUCGACGCCAGUAGAGGAGAGUGUAGCAACAUCAUCAUCAAUAACAACAGAAGCAGUAGCAGCAGUAGCAGCAACAGCGGGAGCUAGUUCAGCCGCAGAUGCUGCUGAGAAGGCAAAGGAACGGAUGGCACGUUUCCGUGCCCUACAAGCCCGCGCGAAGGUGUCCUCAGACCAGAACCUCGCCGAAACAACCAAGGAAUCCCAACGCCUAGCCACCGACCCGUCAGCCCUCGUAGCCCUGAAUCGCCGCCGCGAUAUUGCCACGCACAAACUGCUAAAGGCCGAGACGGAGGAGGCGGGAGAGGACUUCGAGAGGAAGCGGGCGUGGGACUGGACCGCGGAGGAGAGCGAGCGCUGGGACAAGCGCGUGAAGAAGAAGGCCGCCCACCGCGACAACAACGCCUUCCAGGACUACCGCCAGGAGAGCAACAAGGUCUACAAACGCCAGGUGCGCGACCUGGCUCCCGACCUCGAGCGCUACGAGAAGGACAAGAUGGCCGCUAUCGAGAAGGCCGCCGCGUCCGGCGGCCUCGAGAUCAUCGAGACCGAAGACGGCGAAUUGAUCGCCGUCGACAAGGACGGAAGCUUCUACUCCACCGCCGACUCGACCUCCUUCGUGGAGAACAAACCCGACAAGGCGGCUAUCGAUAGAUUGGUGGGCGACUUGCAAAAGGCCGAGGACGUCAGGAUGCGCAAGAGGCGCGAGAGGAUGGCGCAGAACGGCGACGACGGCGACGUCACGUAUAUCAACGAGAAGAACAAGCAGUUCAACCAGAAGCUAGCAAGGUUCUACAAUAAGUACACGGCGGAGAUAAGGGACAGCUUCGAGCGCGGAACUAUGAUUUAAGAAGAGGUUACUUUGUUUUUUUACUAUAUCGCCGGCGUUAACACAAACAUGGUUUUAAAUGACUAUACCGGUACACGCACGAAUUAGAUUACGCUAUUAGC